CAAAGGGGGCGUGGCCAACGGCCGGUCAGGGGGCGUGACCCCGGCGCGCUCCAGGGGCAGCGGUGGCUGCGGGAGCGUACCGGCGGUGCGCGGGAUGGAGUUGCGCCCCGCCCGCAGUUAUCCCGGCUCUCUCAGGCAGCAACUCCCGUGCUGGCAGUGGGGCGAAGCCCUCGCAGAAGCCGCUCCGCCGCCCGCUGGGGUUUCGCUCCCCGCGGGGCCGCUUGGUGUCACCCGCGCUCCGCGGCCAGGCCGAGCCCUCCCCCGGCACUGCCCGCAGGCGCGCCGCCGCUCUGCGCAUGCGUCCCCAGCGCGGGCCGCUGGCGGUUGCCAUGGUUACCGCGACCCGGAAGUGCCGCCGGGGGGCGAUGGCCGCCCCCAGGCCCGGGCGGGCAGCCUCGGCCCGAGGGGGCCCCCGCGGCCCCGCCGCCCCGUGAGGCCUUCCCUCUGCUCUCCCACCAUGGCCCUGGGGGCCGGCGAGGCGGCCGCGGAGGGGGAGCUGGGAGAUGAGAGCCUGUCUGUGAUAACCUGUGAGUCAGACACAGCCAUGAAGUUAAAGAAAAAGGUUUUUCACAAGCCUCCGAAGUCACCAAAGUCUCCCUACAGCUCAAGCACACAACUGUAUCCUAAAAAAGCUGCAGCUUGGAGAUCUCUGCAGGGAACAGGCAGUGCUUGCUUUGAGAAUGCAGCUGUUGAAAACUCAAGGCACAUGUGGCUGGGAUGUCUGAAACAAGGAACGAGCCAUGCUCUGAAAUCAGAUGUUGACACGGGGCAUAUGCGAGCGAAUGUUUCCAGUAGCACUCCAGAAUAUUUGAAGGAGGCUCUAGGAAUGAAAAAGCCAAAACAUGCUCGUUCUCCCAGUAAUGGCUACAUUCCUGGAACUCCUGACUACAAAGAGAAAGAAGAUAUGUAUGAUGAAAUUAUAGAACUGAAAAAGACAAUACAAGCUCAGAAGAAUGAGGGAGACAGAAUGAAGACGAAGCUCCGUCGACUGGAAGAGGAGAACAAUAGAAAGGAUAAACAGAUUGAACAACUGCUGGAUCCUUCCAGGGGCUCUGAGCUGGCUCGAGCUUGGUCAGAAAAGAAGACUGAUAAUGGACAGGUGGCUACUGGAUUAAAGCAGAAGAUUGUCAAGCUUGAAGAGCAGUGCAAGGAGAAAGACAACACUAUUAAUGAAUUCCAAGAAGACAUGAAAACCAGUAGUUUGGAAGAAGUGAGGUUAGCCAUGGAAACCUACUAUGAAGAGGUUCAUCGCCUCCAGCUCCUCCUGGCCAAGUCUGAGACUAUAAGGAAAAAUGCAGAGGGCAGAGACACCCAAAAACGACUGAAGGCCCUGAAUGCCGCUGUGCUGAGGCUGUCCAGGAACGUCAGGGACAUGCAGGCUGAGAAUCGCAGGCUGAAGCAGGACCUGGAUCACGUGCUGAGCGCUUCCCCCCCUCACAGUAAAACAAAAAAUUAUAGUGAGUGGAGCAGACAGAGGCUGGUGAGGAAGAUUUUGGAUCUAGAAAAAAAAGUGUGUGCCAUGGAGAGCAGCAGGGUGUCCUUAGCUGACAGUGAGGCAUCACAAGUGCUUGCUGUGUCACCUUCACAUUCUGUGGACCUGGAUCAUCCAUCAUCCCAACAUUUAGGUGAGGAAUGCUGUCGCCUCCAAAGGCUGGUGAAGAAAUUGAAGAAUGAUAGGAAGGCUCUUCAGAAUCUCCUGCUCACUAAAGAAUUAGAUAUCAAGCACUUGCUUGAGGCUAAGGCUGAAGUGGAGCUGGAGCUGCAGAAGUGGCAGAGUAAGAUGGAAGAAAAAAGCACAGAAGAGCAAAUGUUAAGUGAGGAAAUCCAGAACCUGAGACAGAAAGUAGGGAAACUGGAGUUAAAACUGGAGGAGGAGAAAAUACAGAUGACAGAAGAUACAGUGGAAAAUCUUAAUAAGGCUCCUCCAGUCUCCACAGACAAAAAAAAUCACAGGAAAGAACAAGCAGCCAAAAUUAUCCAGAGAUACUGGAAGAGGUACAAAACCAAGAAAGAAGAAAUUGCUCUGCAUGAGGCAGUUGUUCUGCUCCAGGCAGCCUUCAGAGGACAUUUAUCUCGACAGAAAAUGCUGCUGCACGCUGGGGUGCCUGAUGCAAAGUCUCUCACUGAGAACUCCUGCCUGCCUUCCAUGUCAGACUCCUUGAAUUCUUCUUCUGAUUGCAAGGAGAGAGAUGAGAUUGUGACAUUCAUCCAGUCCAUUUUCAGGGCUCACUUAGCACGUACAGAACUGCUUCAAGAGAGGUCCUCUGUGCCCAGUGCCCCCAGUGGGAAAGCUGAUCCUGCAGUUCCCAUCACAGAGGAGAAACCAGGCUCAGCAGCACCCCAGAGACCUUCAGUCCUCACAUCUCCUCUUCCUGACAGGUCCUGCUCUGCUCCCUGUGUGCCCCUGGACAAGGCUCACUCCGAGGACUCCGAUGAUGAUGUUGUUGUCCCUCCCUUGCUGCAGGUGAAGAAAAGCUACACCCACUUCUAAGGUCCACUGAAAAAAGCCUUUAAGGACUCCCUAAAGAAGCCUUCUGCUGGUUGAUGGAAAUUGAAGACCCUUUUAACUGCUGUGAAAACAUGGGAAUCCUGCAGUCAUCCUCCUGUCAAGAAGAGUCCUUGGUGUAGGACUACAACAGCUAUGAGAGUACAAGAUGAGACAGUCUUUGUUGGAUGAUUUUAUUAAUUAAAUUUUGCUCUUUUUAUAUUCUUUCCUCUCAGCUCUACUGGCAUAUUCUCUGGAUUUCUUAUGAGAAACUUCAGUUUUAAACACCAGAGGUAAUCCAUGAGGCAUGAAUGGAAAAAGUUGGUAUUAUUUCUUGGAGCAGACUGGUUUUGAAUUCAGUUGAAAGCAAUUAAACAUUCACACUCAGUUAUAUUAAGCCAUAAUUUGUCUGCAGCUGAAGUUGGAAUGCCCUUGACUCUUGCAAGCUUUGCAGCAUCUCUCUGGGUAGGUUUGUCAGCUAAUUAAUUGCUUGCCUCAUACAAACUUUUUAAGGGGAGAAAAAAAGUUUCAUUCAAUGGGCAUCAUUAAGACCUGCAAAGAGCAAAAUUUCCAUAGUAGACUCCAGGUUUUCAGGGAAGGAUUUUCAGGCAUGGUUGGUGGUCAGCUGCUGCAUCAGUUCCUCUGAUGUUUCCUUCUGUUUGCUGAAGUGCUGCUCUGCUGGUCAGUGAGGCAGCACUGACAUCCCUUCCCAAUGCCUGCCUGGUUUUGGUGUGUUUGGCACACUGGUUACACAUGGUGUUCAGUAACCACUGCUGCUGUGCUCAAGGAACAGCCUUGAACAGCAAGAGCUGCUGUGUUCUCAGGAAUUCACUCUGCUCUCAUCCACUGAUGAAGCUGCACCCUGCUCCCCUUGCCCCUCCCUGCCUGGCUUCCCAAUUACCCUUUUCAAAUCUGAGCAUUUGAACUCCCCCUGCUUUCCAGGACAGUGUUUGUGUUGUUCCCCUCACCAGAGCUGUGUCUGAAGCAAUGUCCCAGCUCAAGGUGUUGCUCAGGCUGUCCCAGCUCCCCUCUCCUGGGGAGGGUUUUGCCUCACAGACACAUUGCACUGGCUACCACGUAAACCCCUGGAGGGCUUCUGUUGCUGGUAGUGUGAACAGAGGUUUCAUAAAAUCUUGAUGCUCAAAAUGGUCCGGGAAGAAGCAGGAGGGACAUCAUGUCCAUUGCCAAGGGCUGUCUUACCUCCCUCAUUGUCAGCCAGACAAUCCCACACCUGGAUCUCAUUCCUGUCCCCUCCUCAGCCCAUCAGCUCUGCAGAGCUGAGCCUCUGCCUCAGCAAUGGAACACAGCUUGAAAGUCUUUGCUGCACUGUGACUUUAGGGAUGAAAUACUGUAAAAUCUCUCACUUGGUUACAGGGCUGCUGUAAAAAAAGGGCUGUGCUUGAAUGGCCUCUAGGUACAUGCAUGGAAAAUUAGAAGAGCUUUUUAUAAAUGGGAUUGACCAUGAGUGCCUGUAGUACAAGUUACAAAGUUCUGCACAAACAUUGCUUUGCAUUGCCAUUAUCGAGCAAUAAUCCUUAUUUGGAACUUAUACAAAUUGUGGCAGAACCUUCUAUUUAUCUAACCUGGAAAUCUUUCCUGAACAGGCUCUCUAUAAUCUACUCAGAGAAUUGGCAGUUUUCUUCCCUCUCUCGGCAGAUAUUUAAUAGCCACUUUCCAUGCUAGUAAACCUUCAUUAUUAUACAAAAUGUACCAGAAUGUUAUGAAGAAAUACCUUAAAUAAUUAAAGAGAAAUGAAGAGUGACAAAACAAACGAA